AUGGACGAAUCAACCUUUCCAGUCACGCCUAAUGCGGUCGCAGUCCCUAUAUUGUCAUUGAUAGCGCUCAUCAUCGAUGUUCCUCCAUUUGUCUGGCAUAUCAGGAAUCGCAAUCUAGCAGCAUCAAGCCUGGUGUUUUGGGUCAUCAUCUCCAACCUCAUGAACUUCAUCAAUCCGCUCAUCUGGCCAACAGACGACAUACAGCAUUGGUGGCAUGGUCAGAUUCUCUGCGACAUCGAGAUCAAACUCCAGAUGGCUAUCAAUUUUGGUGUCGUUGGCUCCAUGGCGUGCAUCAUGCGCAAUCUAGCAAAGGCCCUGGAUCCUGAGCAGACAAUUCUAUCCCUAAGCAAGGAACAACGCCGCAGACAGACCAUUACCAAUUGUCUGUUCUGCUAUGGAGGAUCCGUAUACGUCAUGCUCAUUCACUACAUCGUCCAGCCAAACAGAUACUACAUCUACGCAAUAUCUGGAUGUACGUCUUCCUUCGACAACAGUUGGCCCAAGCUAGUCUUAGUGUUCAUCUGGCCUCCGAUUAUCUGUCUUGUAGAUGCUUACUACAGUGUCCUGGUCAUCGUCCGAAUGCGCAGAUACCGCAAAGACUUCUCAGAAAUCCUCGUAUCGUCGAAUUCCAAUUUGACAAAGAAUCGGUUCUUACGCCUUUUUCUCCUGUCAAUGGCACUCAUAGUCACCUUUAUCCCGCUUCAGUUCUAUAACCUCUUCUUCAACUCGGCCGAGCCUCCUCUGCUCCCAUACAGCUGGGACUUGAUUCAUAGUCCACAAUGGCAGGACAUCAUGCUGAUACCUACUGGUGGUGAGGUGUACUACGACCGCUGGAUUCAAAUUGCUCUUGGAUAUGGAGUGUUUCUGUUCUUCGGAUUGGGUCAAGACGCACAGACUCUGUACCGCAAAUGGCUCCUCAAGCUUGGAUUUGGACGAGUGUUUCCUGGUCUACACCGCCAACCUGCUCGCCGUACAAUCCUGCCAACAAGCAGCAAGACCGGCUCUUUUGGCAGUAGAACACGAAGCUUCUUCAAGGACCGAUUGUUCCGGAUGUCGAUGCUUUCUUUACACAGCAAAGGAGAUUCUACCACCGCAUCAACUGCGACUCUAUCCCCAGUCGAACAACAGAGGGGCUUUGGCCGACUCUCGACGAUCAACGAAAACGGGCCCAGAGCCGGCGACGCUCUAAGCACCUCAACAGAUUCUAUGGACGAGAAGGGUCCUUCCACAAAGUUCCCGCAUUCAUGGCUCACAAAGUUCCUUGUUGAUGCCCACCUGUCAGCGCCCAAUCGUCGCUAUGAAGCAAACUCGAACAGAUCUCCACAACAGUGGCAAUCAUCAUAG